GGCUUAGGGCCGGGAUGCUGCCGGCGCUGCCGGACGGCGAUGAGCGGGAGCUGGAGAGCAGCGAGGAGGGCGGCGGCGCGGGCGAGGAGCGGCGGCCGGAGCGGCACGGCAGCACCUACCACAGCCUCUACGGCUACCGGAGCUGCAGAUCCUCACAGCAGGGAGCAGACAGUGGGGAUGGCAGUCCCAGCAGUGCGGCGGCAGAGACACCCUCCAGCGAACACUUCAGCCUGUCCUUGCUGGACACUAACUUACCAGCUGAAGCGGAGACUGAAUUGCGCAGUUUUAUCGCUAAGCGUCUUAGUAAAGGAGCCCUCUUUGAAGGAAUGGGGAAUGUAGCGUCAGUGGGGCUGAGCAUACCAGAAUAUAAAGUUGGUUGUUAUUACUGUCGUUUCCAACAAGAAAAUCUUCUAGAAAUGGCAACACUGGACUCAGACAUCAAUGCUCCAGCGUAUGUGGUUUGUUUCUUAGGUGGCUCGGAGAAGGGUCUGGAACUUUUCAGACUUGAGCUGGACAAAUACAUUCAAAGUCUGAAGAUAAAACUUGAUUUGGAGCAAAAAACCUUGGAGACCUAUGUUAAUCCCUACUUGAGAAGCUGGUUUGAGAAUGCCAUAUGCCCUGUUCAGAGAGUAGUACAGCUCUUGCAGGAGAAACUCGCCUUUUUGUUACAUGCUGCUUUGAGUUACACUCCUGUGGAAGUAAAAAACGCAAAUGAAAGAACAGAAGAAGACAUUAGCAGGUUUCUGGCAGCUGCCAGCCUCCAAGGACUUGUUCAGGAAGGCACAAUGACCUCCUUGUGUAUUGCCAUGACUGAGGAACAGCACAAGUCAAUGAUUAUAGACUGUAGCGGACCUCAGCCUCAGUUGCAUAAUGCAGGAAGCAACAGAUUCUGUGAGGACUGGAUGCAUGCUUUUGUGAAUGGUGCUGAAGGUGGAAAUCCGUUUCUCUUCCGGCAGAUUUUGGAAAACUUUAAAUUGAAGGCUAUACAAGACAUUAACAACCUGAAGAGGUUUAUCCGCCAGGCUGAAAUGAACCACUACGCCUUGUUCAAGUGUUACAUGUUUCUAAAGAACUGUGGCAGUGGAGACAUCCUUUUGAAGAUUGUAAAAGUAGAACAUGCAGAAAUGCCAGAAGCCAGAAAUGUAGUGACCGUCCUUGAGGAAUUCAUGAGAGAAACAUCAGUGGCUUAAAAUUAUUUUAAUUAUUCUGUACUCGUUUGAGGCAAUGAAUUCUUACCCACAUCAUAGGACAUUUAGACAGCAGAAUACUUGAAGAAAAUCUUUGGCUACAGCUGGAAUCAAAACUCACGAGGCCUCUGAGUGACCACGUAAACGAGGACUGUUUCUGCAGACCUGAUACAAGCAAAACUCUCUGUUGCUUUCCUUUGCAGCAGAGGGUGUUUGAAUGCCUUAGGGCAUUUGAAGAACUCUCCCUGAAACAGUAACAGUCUUACUAAAGCAAUUAAGUUUGACUGUUUGUCCUGCCAGAGCUGUAUACUGUGAUGAUAAAAGUUGAAUGCUUUCCUGUGACACCGCUGUUUUGAACCUAUAAUAAAGUUUACAAUAAAAAACACAUUCAAAACACAUUAAUCCUACAUUAAAUCACAAAUGAGUGUUGACCUUGAUGUCUCCUGUUUAAAACCCUUUAUUCACACAAUGCAGAGCAGCUGCUCUAGUGUAAUGUGCAGGAGUCUGCAAGUGUCAUAUUGACAGCUGAGGUAACACGUAACGUAUAUGGGCAGGUCAGAGAAGAAAAUAAAAGCAGUUGAACGGAAACAAACCCCUUAUUCUCUCAUUUGCAGGAGCUGAGAAGUAACAAUGUUUUCCUUCAGAAUAUUUUAUUCAUGAGUAAAGCAGCGCCACUCAAUAAAACGUGUCGCCCUUUGUUGCUCUUGUACGUUGGAGCACUGAUCGUGCAGUAUUGUGCCUGAUCAGGAGCCAGGAAGAGCUCAGUGCUCAAAAAAGUAUUUUACAUAAAUACAUAAAAAUGAGUUAUCAAUGUCAUUAUUAAAAGAUUAUAUUGCAGAGCUCAAAACCAGUUGCUCUUUUGUUAAAUACUGUGUUAACUGUAGACAAACUUACCAAAGGGAAAGUUUUUUUCUUGGUUGUUUUUUGGCAUGUGAUGUAGAACAGCUCAAUUUUAUUUAAAAAAGAAAAAAAAACAGAAAACAAAAAAAAACACCGACAAAAAAAAUUUAAUGGAUUCUGCGCUCAAAUAAUAUUAUUACAACAAAAAUAUACAGAAUGUACACAAUACAAAAAUAUUUGGAAACAUACCAUAGCAUCUUACCUUGCAAAUAUCAUUUUGUUUUACUAGCCCUUAACGGGAAAGUAUCAUUUGUUCAGUAUUUUAAGGCAGAAAAUUACAUUGUUUAGUGCUUUGUGUUUAACACUUGGAUGUGUUGUUAGCAUUAGUAGAGUAAGCAAAAGAAAAGCUGCAUAAAUCUAGCUUUAUUUGCAAACUAAACAGACACUGUGGGGGAGUCAGGAGACAGUCAGUGACUAACGUAUCUAUUAAGCUCACUGGAAAUUAAGGUACUGCUACUUAAAUCAGGCCUAGGGAAUAUUUUGUGCUCUGUGUUGCAAAGUACCCUGAAACAUAAGUUUUCUGUACUACUACUGGCAUUUCAGAAAUACCACAUUAGAAAGCUUUUUCCAAUUAAAAGCCAAUGAUUAAUGGUAACAUUAAAAAUACAUUUACCUUUAAACAAGCUUGGUUUCGGUCUUAUGUGUGAUUCUUUCUUUA